AAGUCACCAUUCUCAUUUUCCGACUUCAGUGAAGACAAAAAUAAGGGGCAGCUUCCCAGACAUAAUUACUCAAUAACGAAAAGUGUCCUCUUAAAGAGAGCUGACAAAGGGGACUCUGCAUUCGCACACGGAGGCCCCUUGAAAUCUACUGGUCUCACUGGUAAAAGCUUCCACUGACAGGACGAGGCAGACGCUCACCGGACUCAGGCAGAAACAGACUCACCUCUCUGGAAUGAGAAAGGGACAACUUCUAAAGGCUUCUGUGGAAGUGCGCACUCCCAGGCCCGGACAAACGUAAGCACCCCCUCCUCUUCCUGGAUAAGCUGUUCUUAUGCUUUGGGCUCCAGUGUGGGACGAGGUGGGCUCGGCUCCACACUGUGGCACCGCCUGAGAGGAGUGAAGGUUGUUAGGGGAGCAGAGGGAAAGGAUGAAGUCUCUGCAGAAGAAUCAGGGACGCACCGACCAGAUGUUGGGAGCCAUGGCUGAUGUGCUGACCUCCGUGGCAAUGCCCAAUCAGCAGUGGCUCUCUGAGGGAGGCGAGGCGGACCUCCCAUCAAGCGAGGAGGAAAAGGGACAGUGGGACCAAGAUGGGCCCAGAUGGGAGCGACAGGCUGCGGCCGCGCAAAACCCAAACGGGAGUGAACGAACAGACUCGUACUCGGCAGCAGGCAGCGAGGGCAGCAUUUCCACCUCUGUGGCAUCGCUGCCACCGCAGCCUUCAGGCAGCUCGGCCCCCAGCUCACCGAGCUCCAGACGCUCUGUUAGCGCCCUGACCAAGUGGCUUACCAACCCUGUGCGCAAACUGAGCGCUGGAUCCACCGUCAAGGGGGACCGCCAGGUUCGGAAGCUCGAGGGAAAAACUCCGCCUCUUUCAUCCCAGAGCCAGAACCAGAGCCAGGACCUUUUCAGCCCUGUGAGGCCCGACGAAGCGUUUACCAUUCUACCUGUCACCCAGAGAGAACAAGAGUGGAAAGAUGGCCUGGCCAGCCCUGAGGACCUGUCGCCAGAAUCCCUGCAACCAUCUGGUUUCAUGACUUCCUUGCCGGUGGAUUUCACAGCACUGCCAAACACACAGGACACUCAGUCUGCUGGUCUUCCGCCCGCGGACAGCGAGUCUGUCCUGAUGGACGAUACCUCCAGCCAAUGGUCCACUGUGGCUGACACCGAAGAGGAGAGCAGAAGUGCCUUCGAGAAAAGCAUGUAUGUACUGAACGAGCUUAUAGAGACGGAGAAGGACUAUGUGGCAGACCUGGGGCUCAUAGUGGAGGGCUACAUGGCUACAAUGAGUUCCAAAGGUAUUCCAGAGGGCAUGAAAGGAAAGGACAAGAUUGUUUUUGGAAACAUUCACCAAAUAUAUGACUGGCAUAAAGACUACUUCCUGGAAGAGCUGGAGAAGUGCUUGGAGGAGCCAGAAAGGCUGGCUCAGCUCUUUAUUAAACAUGAGCGACGUCUCCAUAUGUACGUUGUGUACUGCCAGAACAAGCCCAAGUCGGAACAUAUCGUGUCAGAGUACAUUGAGACGUACUUUGAGGAGCUCCGACAGCAGUUGGGACAUAGACUGCAGCUCAAUGACCUGCUCAUCAAGCCUGUACAGAGGAUCAUGAAGUACCAGCUUCUGCUGAAGGACCUUUUGACGUACAGUAUCAAAGCUGGGAAGGACACUGAAGAGUUAGAGAAAGCGGUGGAGGUGAUGUGCUUGGUGCCAAAACGUUGCGAUGACAUGAUGAAUGUGGGCAGGUUACAAGGCUUUGAGGGAAAGAUCACAGCCCAGGGCAAGCUGCUUCAGCAGGAAACUUUCACUGUCGCAGAGCAGGACAGUGGCUUUCUAUCUCGAGCCAAGGAGAGACGAGUCUUCCUGUUUGAGCAGCUGGUAAUCUUCAGCGAGCCCAUAGACAAGAAGAAAGACUUCUCCAUCCCUGGAUACAUCUUUAAAAACAGCAUCAAGGUUAGCUGCCUGGGGGUGGAGCCCAGUGCUGACGGCGACGAUACCCGUUUUGUACUGACCUCACGAAACCCAGAUGGGAGCGUGGUGCGGUACCAGCUGCAGAGCUCCUCCGCUGAGAUCUGCAGAGCUUGGGUCAACGACGUGGUUCAGAUCCUGGAAAGUCAGCGCAACUUUCUUAACGCCUUACAAUCACCAAUUGAGUAUCAGCGACGAGAGAGCAAGUCCAAUAGCCUGGGCCGCAGCAUGAGGCCCCCUCUGUCUGCUGCGAGCGCCCUGAGGCCCCACUCGUCUGCCUCCAUCGACCGCCACAAGCUUCCCUCCCUCCACUCUCACAACACCUCUCUGCCAGCGCUCUACCUGCCGAGCCAAAGCCAGAGCCAAGGGCCGAGCGAGAUGUUCUCGUUGAGGGGUGCCGCUGUGGUCCAGCCAUGCCCUGCUGACUCCCACACUGCUUCACCGUCACACGUCCGACUGGGCCUCUCUGAUCAGUCAAACUGUCCAGCUGUAUCAAAUGGGCUGUACACCCCGGCCGCUCAGGGCGCACAGCAGAGAGCAGUAGAGGGUUUCCGCAGAGGCUCUGCUUCUGAUGUGGUGACCCAGGCCGCUCUGUCAGGCCCCUCAGUCGGACGACGUCCCAGCAACCUAGCCCAGCUAGUCGAAGACGACCUGUGAACUCUUCUGAGUCAGGAGGACAACAGCUAACUAAUGCUGUGAAGACACCACUUGUGUACUUUUUUGCACACCUGAGGUGUAUGCUUGUUGCGGGACUUCCAAGGAAGCUGAAGUAUAAAGGAGCCAUAUAUAUAUAUAUAUAUA